AUGUUUGAACCUAUGGACCGUUUGGCUGCUACAGGAAGGAGUUUGCAGGAUUUGGAGACCAGUUCUAGGAUAUACUCUGCUUGGGAGAACCGGAACCCGAUCACGGGUAUAAUAACGAGUAUCGUUCUAGGCAUUACUGGUUCGAGUGCACUUGCGAACUUGUAUAGUCUGCAAGGCCUGUUCAGUACCAUACAGGUCUUCGCUCUGAUCGUGAAUACCAUAACUCCUGGCGAUGGCGAGGAUGCAGUCAGCCAGUGGGAGGCUCUCUUCAAGGGGACCAUACCGAAUAUUCUUGCCCUCAAUUUCACGACCAAUCUGCCUAACUCCACGAUCUACCUUCUCGUUUUGACAGUCAUCGCGAGCCUCUUGAUGUUCCUCUUUAUUCGGUGGACUGCUCCUUGUUCUCAUUACCGAAAUUACGAAGGGUUCAUGCAAGAUAAGAGAAGCAGCGGAUGGGCCAUACUCAUCGUUAGUUCUCUGUUGACGGUGAUAUACCUCCCGUUGAGCACUCUCGCUGUUCACAUGAUGGUUUGGUCCGACGAUCUAUGGGUCGUUCCAAACCCAUACACCAAUGCCACUACAAAUCCGCCGAUUGUUGCCCCUCUGGGACCGUCGGACGAGUACCGCGACCCUCUAGAUUUCUGCUGGACGUCGACUAUGAAGGUCAAUGAAUUCAACUAUGCACCUCUGGUCGUCAUCGCUUCCAUAGCGGUUUUCUUUGGGUUGGGUGUUUUCUAUCCCAUCGCCUUGCGCUCUGCUAUUCGCCAAGCUGUUCCGAUUAUCGACCCUUACACGGAAUUAGGCAAGCGACGGAGUUCGAGCGAGCUCGAACUUGAAUAUAAUCGCAUGUUGGACAGAGAUCGGAACCCACUCAGCUUCCUAUAUCGUAGCUUCCGGAAUGGCUGGGGUACCUACGAAUCAAUAUACCUCGUGACCAAGCUCAGCGCUCUUCUCAUCGUCUCGGUACUCAAUCCAUCGAACUGCCUAUUUCGCACUCUUCCCUCGACCACAAUUGCUGUAAUCCGUCAAAUAUUGCUCAUCGUGGUCAUGUUCGGAUUCUUCAUUGCUCAGUGUUGGUUUGCGCCCUUCCUGGAGCCUGUCAACAAUGCGAGCGAAUGGUGCUCAAGACUCAAUUAUGUAUUAACUUCUGCUAUCUCCCUCGCGGUCGUGCUCAAUAUACCCGGCAAGACUAUUAUUGGUGGACCUGUACUUUACGUAAUCUAUGGCGCUACCUAUACCCUAAUCAUAUAUUUUACGGUCAUCAAUUGGGGAAUCACCCAGCGAGCGGUGAAGAGGCUAACUCGGCGGAUCGACUUCAGCAUUGACAUAUUCUCCCCUCGCAUCGAUAUCUCCAACUCCUCUCCCCAUGCUCGCAGGCGGAUAUGGCAAGAGUCCAUCACAACAUUGUUCCUUACCAGUCCGGAGUGCAAGAUUCCAGCCAAGCAGCCCAUGCACUAUUCUCAAGCCAGAGAUGUCGAAUAUCCUCCGUAUUUGCUUGACUUCGCUGGCUCACCCGGGGAAAGACAUGUCGAAAAUCUCAAAAUCCUCCGCGACGUUGGAUCUCCGACGUACAGCAAAGCCAUCUCUCUAGUGACUGAUCCGGACUAUGCAUGGUUCCACCACUUAGCCCACGAGAUACAAACUCGUUUCGUCGGACCGGAUUCUUACUGGAAAAAUCCUGCGAAACCGUCGAUACCCGGUUGUACCUGUUUCUUUGGGAAUGCUUGGUGGAUUCCAUUCCCUCCAACUUUGGUUAUUCGCUACGACGACGGUCCACUUGUGGCUCUGCAAGAGGUGGCUGAACUUCAACAAUAUGUCCAACAGAACUCGAGCGCCGAUAUCAGCCGAAGACGUGAGAUUCGGAUGGCUUUGCGUUCUUUGGAUGGACACUCAGUCUACUGGCCUUACCGGCACAUCGAGACCUCAGGCUCGCGAGGUUUCUGGUGCUGUGGCGGCAUGAGGUUCAAAGCUCAGACAUCUAAGGACUUCCAGAUUGGCGUCCUCAGUCUCAAACGCAAAGGGUACUUGAUAUGGCAGAACCAGCAACUCGGCAGCGGUUUCGCCAUCUCGAUCAAGUAUUCCAAAAGCGUUCGUUGCGACGGGACGACCAUCGGUCUCAACGAGGAUUUUGACCUGACGCCUCAUUUGGCCCAGUUUCUAGCAUUGAAUCAUAGGUCGAUAUCUACGCUUUUACCCGGCGUGGAAUCCCUACUCCAUGAUUAUCGAGCGACUCUUCUGCAGGAGGCGCAGACGAAGUACGAUGCCUUGACGUAUCGUUUCCUCACCCACGUCUAUAAUCCACCCCGACCUUUGGAUAUCACGAAGAGCGUCAUUCGAGAGGAGAGGGACCCUCGUGUGAGGAGGCUCAUGGCGGAGAGCGCGGUUGCAUUGGAUACGACGUUUGAGCGUUUGACGGCUGUGACAAGAUCGGAGGUGGCGACAUGGUGGUAUAUCUUCUGGGAUGAUUUCUGGAGACGAAACCAAAGCACGAUCUCUGCUCUGAAGGUCCACAACACGGAUUUCGAUCCACACUACCCGUCGUCUAUAGCUUACACGCCACUUCCGAGACCUGCGCUGGAAUCGUUUUUGGCGCAACGGGGCAUGUUCCAUGCCACGCCGAAGUGGGGAGACUUCAUCCAUAACGGGUUCUUGAACAAGGUAUAUGUCCGACUGAAUGAUAUCGUGUUCCACGACUCUCACCAGGCCAAUAUCUUCCAUCUCGGCUAUAACGGUUCCGAGCUCGACAUGGAAGACAUAGACCUCGAAACUCAAGCAAUGCCCUCCACACUCGGCACAGGCGGAGGUACAGACCACGACGAUAGCUCCAUCCGUCCGAGACCAGUCUUCCGAUGGGAAGGCAUCUUCGACGAUCCGAUGCGAGUAGGUAGUGGUAAGAAGAGCAAAAACAGGUCGCGGAGGAGGUGGUUGGCUAAGUUCGGGGCGUGGUUUGGGGUGACGCCGAGGUGGAGGGAGGGGAUGCCUUCGUUGGGGGUUUCGUUGGAUGUGGAAUUGGAUGGGAAGGGGAGGUAUGUGGUUAUGGGCGCAGCGGGUGGGAGUGAGGGAGUGAGCCUGAGGACAGGUGUCGCCGGUUCUUUGGAGGUGGAAGGGAAGGGGAAGGGGAGGAUGAGUUUUGAUUCGUAA